AUGGAUAAAAGGGAGCAACAAAUUGUGGCGUGGCUGAUGGAAGAAGGUACGGAGGAAAUAGAGGACCCAGAUAGUAGGAUUGUCAAAGCAGAGAGUGACGGAGAUAGUGAUCACAGUGAACAUUGCACCGACACGGAACAGUCAUCAUGCGGAAAUGAAGGUGAGAAUUAUUCAAGUCAAUCCGAACACGGUAUUACUUAG